GAAAAGUCCCAUUCUUUAUUUGCUUAAAAUUCUCACUAACUACGGUGGGGUAUGGGGAAUCCCCCGACUCUGGAAAAACAAUUCAACGGGCUUUGGAAAUAAUUGAUUAAUCGUUGUUGAUUCAAUUCCCAUUCGCAGGAAGAUUUUGUCCAUGAAAUGAAGAUGAAGCAAGUGAGCAUACUAGGCAAGAAGGUAGUAUUGGUACCUUAUAUGCAGCAACAUGUUCCUACAUAUCAUGAAUGGAUGCAGGAUCCUGCUCUUCUACAAGCUACUGGCUCAGAACCCCUUACGCUUGAAGAAGAAUAUGCAAUGCAAGAAUCAUGGGUUGUAGACCCAAAAAAAUGCACUUUUAUUGUGUUGGAUAAGCAAAGGAUAAUGGGAGAGUUCAUCCAUGGAGAACCUCAUGUUGAAGCCAUGGCUGGUGAUGUGAAUCUUUAUAUGAAUGAUCCUGAUGAUUUACAAACAGCAGAGAUUGAAAUUAUGAUUGCAGAACCCAAAAGCCGUGGAAACGGGCUUGGCAAAGAAUCUGUGCUGUUGAUGAUUACCUUUGCUGUUGAACAUCUGGCAAUCUAUACAUUUAGUGCCAAAAUUGGAGAUACAAAUUCAACUUCCCUUUCUCUUUUCAGAAGUUUGGGAUUCCGAGAUGUUGCCCAUAGUGAAGUUUUUAAAGAGGUGACACUGGAAUUGUCAACUGAUGAUAGCCGGUGCAAGGAACUAAAGAGUCUUGUUGGGGAGUUGAAUGUUCUUACAUAAUGUCCUAUAAAUAUUCUAAUAUAAUGCACUAUUAGUGACUUGAUCAAGAAAAGAUAUAUAUGCUACUCUAUUUUUCUUUCAGUAACUGAAAGGAUUGCCUUGAGCUUUGCUGUAUUAGAGUGGGUUUUCAUUAGAAUGGCUUACAGGAGAAUACCAAUUUGUGAUGGUAGUAUUUUUGGACUAACCAAACCAUUAUUUCUUUGAGCUGUUCAAAAACAGUGUUGGGUUAUGAUUUGAACUGUUUGGUACA